AGAAACAAUUUGUCCUAAGAUGAGGUGUUUGAUCCCAGCUGUGUUUGCCCUUCUCUGCAUGUACUCCUCAUGGAAAUCAGCAGCAUGCUCGGGCGUGACCAUUAUCAAAGGGAAGGAGGUGAAGCCGCACUCCAGACCGUGGAUGGUGUCCAUCCAGGUGAACGGUUACCAUACCUGCGGAGGAAUCCUGAUCAAAGACCAGUGGGUGGUGACUGCGGCUCACUGCAAGAAGAACUUCAGAGGGUCUCUCAAAUCUGUAACAGCCGUCUUGGGAGCUCAUGCUCUGUCUGAAAAGGAAGGCAAAGGAGUGUGCCGUGUGGGGAUCGAAGUGUGCCACACCCUCCCCACCUACAGCGAGAAGAGCAAAGCAGGCGACAUCAUGCUCCUCAAGCUUCGGCAGAAGAUCAAGCUCAAGACAGCGAAGGUGCACGACCUCCCCAGGUCAAGCAAAGAUAUCCCAGCGGGAACCGCGUGCAAGGUGACGGGCUGGGGGGUGACCUCCUCGGAAAGUAAAAACCCGUCUGACACGCUGCAGGAGGCGGACGUCUACGUGGUGGACCGGGAGCUUUGUAACUGUUUGCACAACAACAAUCCCGCCAUCCUUGAGAGCAUGUUGUGCGCCAGGAAUAUUCGUACCGGUGCAGACAGCUGUCUGGGUGAUUCUGGAGGUCCACUGAUAUGCAAGAACAACCUCGUGGGCAUGAUUAGUGGCGGAGGACUGCCCUGCGGAAACCCGAAGAAGCCUGGCGUGUACACACGUUUCACCAGUGAGAUCCUGUCCUGGAUCAGCAAUGUCAUUAAGAAGGGAUCCAACAGCACCACUGGGACUGGUGGUGAGACCUGGGGGCCUUCCUGCUCCUAAAUUCUGCAAAAAAAAAAAAAAUUCUUUGAGGAAAAGAUGGGAGGCUGACUGCUGGAAUACAAACAUUUGAUUGUGUGUGUGCAUGUUUGAGUAUAUUUUUUGAGUAUAUUUUCAAACGUCACUGUGCAAAUGUGUUUCUUUUUCUGUAUGUGUUUGCUUUAUGUCUAUGGCGGGGGAAUGACUGCGGUUUACACUUGCACCAGCGGGGGUCUUUCUGUCCUUUGUCCUAUUACCAUUUCCUCAAGGAGAAGAGCAAGCAGAAAAGAGGGGAGGGGGAUCGAUGGGCCUGAUACUACACUCCCCUCCCCAACCUGCUUGUCGGUAGCUAAGCUGAAAGCCCUUCUCUACUUUCUGAUUUUCAGAGAUCACUGAACAGGCUUUGUAAAAGGCAAGAAUUGCAUCUACGUACAACA